UGCGUCGCUUUGGGAUUCAGGAAAGGGAAUGCGGCUUUGUUUUCCUUCUGCUGACUGACAGCCAACGUCUGCUAGCUACGCUAGUUAGCUAACAAAGUUGUUCAUUAAACUUUCGUUGAUAUUAAACGUGCACGAGGACAACUGAAAAUGGAGAGAGACUCAGUGUUCCACAAUGACCGUCUGGGAGCACCACGUAACCCACUACUGGACCAGCUCCCCAGCUACCAGUCUCUGCUGUACCGCAGAAAGCCCUCAGCCUCGGGCAGUACCAAGCGCCGUGGCAGCUCACGGACCAGGCUGGGCUCCUCCAGCAGUGGGAAAUGGGGACAGACCACAUUGGCCAGACAGCAUGAGGAGAAACACAUGACUCAGACCCAACAGAGACCAGUCAGGGAACUUACCAAACCUAUGGCGGAGAAACGCAGAGACAAGGACCAGCGUUUGGAGCAGGCCAAGGAUCUGAGCAGUUGGAGCCAGUGGAGACAGAGCACCAGACGGACCCUGAGGAGACUGAAGGAGGAUGGGUUUGAGAUGCUCAGCAACCUGGAGCUCUGGAGGGGAGACAUCCAUGUCAUUGAGGGGAUGUUUGGCACGGGGAUCCUGUCCUACUUCUCCUUCCUGCGUUUCCUGGUGCUGCUCAACUUCAUCAUGUUCCUGCUCAUGUUCGGCUUCGUCAUUCUGCCCAUCAUCAYCGCCCCCCAUGCCUCAGGGAACACCACAUUCAACCAYGUAGAUGGUAACACAGGCCUUUACGUGUUAUGCUUCGAGUGCAGUAACUACCCCAGCACCUCUCGCCGUGGCCUCGUGGUUUUCCACCAGCACAUCACAGACCUCCUCUCAGGGGCGGGCUUUCUGGAGCAGACCUACCUCUUCUAUGGUUACUACAAGGUAGAGACCAUUCACUUCCCUAAGUUCACCUACAACCUGCCUCUGGCCUACCUGCUGGUCACCAUAGCCUACCUCUUCCUCAGUCUCAUAUGGAUAGUCAAAAGGUCUGCGACUGGCUUCAAGCGUAAACUGGUGCAGGACGAGGAUCGCUUCCAGAGCUUCUGCAACAAGAUCUUUGCCGGCUGGGACUUCUGUAUCGUCAACGACAGCGCAGCCAGGCUCAAGAGGAGCAGUCUUCUUUAUGAACUGAAGACUGAUCUGGAAGAGGAGCGCAUCAAGCAGAAGAUAGCAGACAGGACACGGAAGGAGAAGUGUAGGAUCUACUUGAUCCGACUGAUCCUGAAUCUGUUUGUGAUCGCUGUACUGGCUGCCUGCUUCUACUCCAUCUACAUAGCCACCAACUUCUCCCAGAAAGCACAGAUGACUAAGGUGAACUUCCUCCUGGACCUGAUCUAUGAGUAUCUGCCUUCCAUCGUCAUCACCCUGGCCAACUUCAUCACCCCCCUCAUCUUCUCCCUCAUCAUCCAGUUUGAAGACUACUCCCCCGCCUUUGAGAUCCGCUUCACUCUCAUGAGGUGUGUGUUCAUGCGCCUGACCAGUAUCUGUGUGCUUCUCGUCUCUCUCUGGGGUCAGAUCACCUCUUGCCAGGAAGGCAACUGUGUCUGCGGGUACAACCACAUCCUGUACCCGUGUUGGGAGUCUCGUGGGCAGGAGAUGUACAAACUCAUGAUCUUCGAUUUCAUCAUCAUCGGUGCCGCCACUGUCUUUGUGGAGUUCCCUAGGAAACUCAUAGUGGACUACUGUGACUGCGGCCUGGCCAAGUGGUGGGGCCAGCAGGAGUUUGCCAUCCCCCAGAACGUCCUGGAGAUUGUGUACGGCCAGACCAUCUGCUGGAUCGGGACGUUCUACUGCCCCCUGCUGCCCGCCAUCUGCACCAAGUACUUCAUCAUCUUCUACAUCAAAAGCUGGGUGACUCUGGUGAAUAACUGCCGCCCGGCCACCCGUCCGUUCCGAGCCUCCAGCUCCAACUUCUUCUUCCUGGCUGUGCUGCUGAUUGGCCUGGCACUGGCCUGUAUACCUGUCACCAUUGGCAUUGCACAGAUCAGCUGUUCCCAGGCCUGUGGUCCCUUCGUUAACUACACCACAUCCUGGGAGGUGCUCCCCCGGACGGUGUCCCAGCUGCCUGCAGGAGCACGCACGUUCCUCCUGGCCAUCUCCUCUGAGGCCUUCGCCGUCUCCCUCUUUGUCAUCACAUGCCUGGCCAUGUUUUAUGUCAUUGCUCUAGCUGGAGCGCACAAGCGAGUGAUCAACCAACUGAGGGAACAGCUAGUCAUGGACGGGCGAGACAAGCGUUUCCUGAUCCAGAAGCUGUGUCAGGCCCAGAGGACCUGUGCUAUUAGAUCCACAGGUUCGGGAUUCCAGUCCCACUCCUCAGACAGAGUCAGCCCCAGCUACCGCUCCAACUCUGGGGUCUUCCUGGUCCAGCCACCCCCAGACUCUGCUACUCAUGUCUGAAUUGCUAGGAUUAGGACCUUGAGUUUUACCUGACCAAAGAACUCAGGGCUCUUGAUAUUACUUGUAACUGGCUGUCUAAACACUAUUACUUGCAGACACUAUAGGAGCUGGCWUACCAGAAAUAUAUUAAGUCUAGACCUGGACUAAAAUGCAUGCUCAAUGGAGAAUCUCCAUUAAAAUAGCUUUUUAGUCCAGGACCAGGCUCGAUCUGUGUCCAGGAAACCAGCCCUACCACUGGCAGACACUAGAUUUGAGGAACACUAUGCAACUGGAGGAUUAGCUUUGCCUAUCAAGGCUCUUUGGUUUUGAUCCAACACAUGUGGAGAUCUGUGAAUGUUCAAACGUUUAACAAGCACUGUUUUACAAUAUUGGACCAAUAGUUUGAACUCAAAGCUGGCAAAAUAGCUAUUUACUGCCUUUUGUGGAGAAUAUCUUGUCCUUUUUGUUGUUUACUAUAUGUAGCCUACCAUAAACAUUACUAUAUGUGAUGUCAUGAUGAUAAUUCUGACUAUUACCUUUUUCCUUCCAAGAAGGACUCUUAUUAUGACAAUAACCACUAUAACGCUUUGAAUUGCCCUUCUGAGUAAAGUAAUUU